CCAGCAGCACCGCCUCAAGGAGCGAGUCGUGCGCGUGGUUGUUUUCUCGAUUGAUGCUGCGAUCAGUCGGUUUCCAAGCGCGUCGCGCUUGCCUUGCACCCUCGUACGUUCAGACUUCAUCCUGCUCAGCAUGCGCUUCCUCAGCUUGCUACCGCUUCUUCUCUCGGUCACACUCGCUACCUUCAACAUCUCGGACGACGAGCGCCGCGAUCUUAACCGCGACUUGACGCUCUGGCAAAAGAAGUUUGGUAAUGACGACCAUUUACGCGCGGCCAUGAAGCUGGUGCGAGGAACCUUGACGACCGACGAUCUUCUUCGGCGCUUGAAGGCGACCAAGGACAAGCUUCCCACUUUGCAAGCAGCCAACCCAUACGCGACGUUCAGUCACUUGACCAAGUUUGCGUUGCUCACGGAGAAUGAAUUUGCCCGGUUUGCGUCGUCGUCGCCGCCGGUGCCACCGUCGGUAUCUCUCCCGCCAGCCGUCGCAUUGAAUCGAAGUGUUGCCGGCAGAGCCGUCGCCGCCUCGGUGGACUGGACCAAGCAAUCGACAUGUGUCGGGCCAGCGAAAUGGAUCGGCAAGUGUCGAAGCGAUUGGGCGAUUAUGGCAGCGGCGGUCGUGUCGUCUGCGCACUGCCUCGCGACCGGCCAAGCCAUCGACCUCUCGGUCCAGCAAGUCUUGAGCUGCACCUAUCUUGGCGGCCCAGACAGCUGCUCAGGCCCAGGGACCCCACUCGAAGGCAUGCAGUGGCUGGUCCAGCGAUCCAGUGCCUUGUGCACUGAGAAGGCGAUCCCAUACACCUCGGGUUACUGGGGCGUUGCGUCGUUUUGCAGUGACAACGCCAAGUGCGCCGGGUCGAUCUCGCUUUACGUCGACGAGAUCGUAGAAGCCCGUGGCGAGGCCGCCCUCCUCCAGGUGCUCCAGAUGCAGCCUGUUGUGGCAUUUGCAACCACCAACAACUAUGUGUGGCGACAGUACGCCGGCGGCCUCCUCUCAUGGUGCCCACUUGGGCGAUUGGACCAAGCCGUGUUCGUCGUUGGCUACGGCACCCAAGACGUCGGCUUGUCGCUACCGCCCGUCGACUUUUUCAAGGUGCGCAGCGCGUGGGGCACCGACUGGGGCGAGAACGGCGACGUUCGUCUUGCGCGCGGCCCCGGCGCCGGAGAUUUCAGCACGUGCGACAUCGCAGCAUACCUCACCUACCCAGAGCGCCUCCCGUUUCGAGCCAAGGCCGAUGCGGCAUCAGCCAACGCGCCACGCAGACCCACGCCCUCGUAUCGCAUGCCAACGACCGACGAUCUGGCGACGUAGUCAUGUCGAGGCGUUGCUGACUAAUAUGAUCCAACUACUAACGACGAUCGAUAUGCACGAGGACAUCGACGAGCUAGUAGUACAUGCAGG